UAUUCAAUAAACGUUCAGAACGUGUCAUAGUCGACGUUGAACCAUCAAAUAUAAUAGAUAAACGUUCAUGCCGCGGCUUCUGUUUUGAUUUGCAUUGAUAAGAGAUUUUUUUUUUUAUUAUAAGUUUUGAAAAUUCAUUUAAGCUGACGUUGAUUCAGUUAAGUAGUGGAUAAGUCGACAUCGAUUGCGGAGUAAUAUUUUAUUUUUCAUUGUGCAUAGCGGGAAUUUUUUUUUGAAGUGGAUUUGAAAAUGGAUUAUCGAGGAAAAUCAAGAACCCUUAUAGUUUGGAUUAUACUUAUUGUAAGUGGAAUUCAAGGACAGUUAGAUGAUUUCAUGAAAAUAUGUGACUUGUGCAAUUUUGAUGGUCUUCUGGAUUGUAAUUCAACUAAUAUAUUUCACAUCAAUAUGACCAUUAAUUGCGAGAUGACGAAGAAAAUGUGUACUCUGGGAAUAAAUGAAUGUUUUGAAGGCUUUGAAGAUCUAACCUUGCACGACAUCGAUCACAAACAUAUUUGUAUUUUCAAAGAUAUGUCUAAAGAGCUAGCAGAAUCAUCGAUAAAUAUGGUUAACGGUGCUGAAAGCCUUGAAACUCUCGGACCUUAUGAUAGUGAAAAUACUCCAAUGAGUAUUUUCGACAUCCAACCGGAUGAAGUUACUUUUAAAGAUGAUUCAGUAGAAUCGACUACAAUCAAUCAAAUUUCUACUGAAACCAGUAAAAUGCAAGAAAUAACAAAAGAAAGUUCUUUAAUGGACUUACAAGACAAUCAACAACAGGAUGAAGAUAAAACUUCGUCUUAUUUAACAGAAACCUCAAUGACAAUCAUAACUUCUACGGGAAGUUACGAAACUCCCAUUUUAGUAACAGAAAUUCCCUAUCAAGAUGAAUCGCUUACGAUGCAGCAGGAUGCGCCUGAAGAUCUUAAACGAAAUUUUAAUAACAAUAUGGAACCUUUGUUGGAAAAUGAAGUUCCGGUUCCUAAUCCAGAAGUUGAGACAGUGUCAUGCUUUGUUUGUGAAAGCUUAAAGGAUGAUGCUUGUUUAGGUAGAAUUGAAGAAUUAAAGACAAUCGAUUGUCCCAAGCCAACUGGAUGCGUUUCAUAUCAUUCUGAUGGCAACAUUGUCCGAAACUGUGGAUCUGUCAUUUCAGCUGGUGAAAAUGAUUUAUGUCGCAAACCCAGUAAUAAAAGUUGCGAUACAUGUCCUUCGGGUGAAUGUAAUAAAAAACCCUGGAAAGAGUGCUUUAAAUGCAAUUCUAAAGACGAUCCUAACUGUGCCCUAUGGUCAAAUGCUGAAACCGUUCCAUAUGCAGUUUGUCCAAAUUACAAUGACAACUGUUUGGUUCGUAUAACAAAAGAAGGUGACACAUUGCGUGAAUGCUCGCCGUCAGAUGUCAAGUGCGGAGAAGAUGAGCUAUGUUCGAUUUGUGAAGGACCUUUGUGUAAUUCAGGUGUUUUCCCACCCAAUCGACUUCAAUGUAUACAAUGCCAAGAGUGUGAAGAUGUUCAAGAUCCGAUUAAUGCACUGCCAUGUCUCAAUUAUAAUGCAAAUGAAAAAUGUUUUUUGUAUGUCACAGCAAAGAGUAAAAUGUAUCGUGGGUGUAUUUCAAAUGUCACUGAUAUGCGUGAAUGUCAAAAUAAUGAAUCUAAAUGUAUUACGUGCAAUGAAAAGAAUGGAUGCAAUAAUGUUCCACUGAUGAAAGAACCAACACUUUCGUGUAGCAAAUGCAAGUCAAAAGAAGAUCCAAGUUGUCUUUGGGAACAACCUGAAACAACAGUUUUAAAAUGUGUCAAAAAGUAUCUAUUUCAUUUGACAGAAUCUUGUUUGACACAAUUUAAUCCAUCAACCCAAGAAGCAGUUCGUGAUUGUUCAAUGGAUUAUGGAGUGUGUACUUCGGAAGAUCAGGAUUGUAAAACAUGUUCGGAAAAUGGAUGUAAUCGUGGCAAUCUUAUGGAACAGCAAUGUAUUCAGUGUCAAAGUGAUCAGCCAGGACAGAUGGAAUGUCAAAAUCAAGCAGCCGGUAUACCACCAGUCAAGUGUCCACCGGAAAAACAAACUUAUGAAAAUCGUGGGUGUUUCACUUUAACUAAAGGAAAUGUUACAUUCCGAGGAUGUGUUGCAAACUUGUCUAAAGAAGACUCACAGCUAUGCAAGAAAAAUGGUGAAACUUCGUGUGUAAUUUGUGUGAAAGAUUUAUGCAAUAAUGUUUUAGCGCCAUCUAGAAGUUCUAAAACAGUACAAAUGUCUUUGUUCACUUUAUUUAGUGUCAUUUUAACCAUGAUUUAAGUUAAAACUAUUUUGUAAAAAUUAACCAAUUCUUGUCUAUUAAUUAUAUGUAU